CCGCCCACCGACCAUGAGCGCGGCCCUGCAUCUGCUCCCAACCGAGCUGACUGAGUGGAUUUGCAGCGACUUUGAAAAGAACGACCUCGGCUCAGCGCGUCUCGUCUGUCGACAGCUGGCUACAAAGCUGGGCCCGCUCUUCUUCCGCACCUGCAACUUCGACACCCUCACCACAGACUUGUCCACCGACAGCCUACGCCAAGUCGAAGCAAUCUCGCAGCAUCCAUUGGCAAGACAGUCUGUUCGUGAGCUAUGCAUCACCGGGCCAAAAGAUACAGACCUUGGAGGCCGUUGGCAUCGUUCGUCGGCCGGAUGUCUCAAAGAACCGUUCCCGCCCGCGAUUGACAGGCUUCUGCGCACCUUGUGCGUCGACAGCCUUCCCCAAUGCCGCUCCUUCAGAAUCUUGUAUAAAGGUCCCGAUACAACCACGCAUGCGCAUGGCGUUGCCUUGACCGACGUCCUGGCGCUGCUGCUGCUCCACGUUUCGGAAUCCGGGAGGCUGAUCAGUGCUUUCACUCUGGGAUCCUACAAUAAAGCGUAUUUUACAAAGGCUCCUAAUCGGCUUCCGGAAUCCUACCCCGAGGUCUGCUUUGCUUUGGAGCCCGACCGCAUGCCGGAGCACCUGUACCGCAAUCCCAGGUUCAAGGAGGCCUGGGGCAAGAAUCUUCGCGAUCUGGAUCUCAACAUCGCCUACCGUGCAUCCAGCGGCGAGAAUGCCUUGAUAGCCGAGCUAAUCACAUCCGCACGGAGCCUCGAGACCUUUUCCUUGCAGCUGUCGUACCUGCACCCCGCUGACGAGCUCUUGGCCCUCCUCCGCACCUUCGACACGACCUGGAAGCCGCCACUGCGGCGCCUGAACCUCAGGUAUUUCAGGACCAAGCGGCUCGACUCGAACUUGCUCUUCAUGGCGCACUUUGGAGCCAGCCUGAAGAGUCUUUCUUUCGAGUGGCUUCGGGCGCCCAAAGGAUCCUUGAAGAACUUGAUGUUCGGGUUGCAACGCCACUUCCCUUGUCUAGAUCAAGUCUGGAUGAGGUCCUUGGUGCAAGAACCAGAGAUUCCUGGUCGCUAUGUGGAAACCAACAGCUUAAUGUAUAACGGCUUGAAAUGUCAUUUUAAACCGCCUGUUGAGGGCGUGCGGAAGCUUACUCGAGCAGAGCGCGGAGACCCGAGGAAUAUAGAAGGGAUCACGAAUGCUUGAGUGGAACGACAACCCCUUUCCUUUGCAACCCGAUGGUCAACUCGCAGACGGCAGACGGCAGACGGCACAGCUGUCGAGCGGGACCGACUCCUAUUGUGGGCACGGCACAGCGAGACAUGUUGUAGUAGGUAGGUUUAGCAGAACAAAAAGAGCGGUAAUUGCAAGUACAAUAGCAAAGGAAGUUUCAAAC